AUGUUCCCAAACCUUAUAUUUAUCAAAUUAGUGCCAGAUGGCUUAAAAAGAUGGGAUUUAUUCAUUCUAAACCAUUCAAUUGGGUUUGUGUUGAUGGCCAUGAAUGAGAAGAUGGAUGUUAUUGAAUAUGGAAGGUUAUUUUUAGAAUUAUCAGAAGUUGAUGCUAUAUUUAUUAAUGAUUUGGAAUUUCAGAUUAAUCCUGAAUUAGGUGAUGGCUGGAGGCCAGGAGGUGAAUAUCCAUUGAAAAGAAAUGAGCAGAAGAAGAGCCAUGCCAU